UACAAACGUGUGUGUCCCUUUGCCCAGCUUCUCUUGAAGCAACUUUUUCCUGGAGCCAAGCUAAGCUGUGUUUCCACCUUGUGGGAAAUUCCAGUGCCAGGAUGUUAAAGUCUGUUUUCCUUGCAACAGCCUGCCAGUGAUCGCUUGCACCCAGUGGACUCUUGUGAGAAGAUGAAUACCCAAAGCCCUGCUAGUCAGGUUAAAGUGUGGGCAUCAACAGUGCAUGCCAAGGCUCUGCUUCCAGGACCCUGAAACUGUGCCAAGGAAUUCUGCUUUCAAUUACAUGAGUAUUAUACCUCAUGCUUCAAAGACCGCAAGCACAGAUUUGACUGCUUUUCCUCACCAGAUACUUCCAGUGGCAGGUUAGGAGGAGAUGGGCUGGCCCUGCUGUGGCUGAGCUGACGCGCAUCCUCGUUACCAGGGGACUGUUAUUGCAUUGGACCUACUGAAGGGUUUCCAGCUCUUGUACUCACAGUACCUGGAUCCCAGAGGACAUGGUCAGCACACAAGGAGACUGAAACACAGCGUGCAUUACACAUGCAAAAUGUUCAAACAAACAAAACACAAAUCAAGAGAUACACACACCUGGCAAGUAUGGGCCCUUUACAUGGUCUUAGCUGUAAACUUCUCUGAAGAACAAGUGCUGAAGCAAAGUUGUCCACCAUGUGAUGCCUCUGAGCUUUGCAACUGCUCUUCCAUAGGCUUGGAUUUCAUUCCCCAAGAACUCACAGACAAAAUCAUAACAUUAAACCUGUCCCACAACAGGAUCAAGCACAUCCGAUCGCAGGAUCUGCAGCAAGCUGUGAACUUGAGAGCCCUGCUGCUGCAGUCCAACACAAUCAGCUCAAUAGAUGAUGACUCGUUUCGCUCCCUUGGGAAACUGGAGCUCUUGGACUUAUCAAAUAACAGCUUGGCUCACUUGUCCCCUGCAUGGUUCGGUCACCUCCUUUCGCUCCAGCACCUCCACCUUCAAGGGAACUCCUACAGAGACCUGGGGGAAAGCUCUCCCUUUUCUGGGCUGAGGAACCUGAGCUCUCUUCACCUGGGCAACCCACAGUUUUCCAUGAUAAGGCAAGGAAACUUUGAGGGCAUUUCAGUUCUCCAGUAUUUAUGGAUUGAGGGUGGCAAUCUCAGUCAGUAUGAGCCAGGAAGUUUGAAACCGAUUCAGAAGAUAAAUCACAUGAUCAUAAACCUAAGAAAUGCUAAAGUAUUCUCAGCAAUUGUCAGGGACCUUCUGCACUCUGUCACUUGGUUAGAAGUGAGAGAAAUUAAGUUAGAUAUUGAAAAAAAAAGCUUGGUGCAGAAUUCAAUGCCUCCUUUUAAGAUACGAAAACUUACAUUUAAAGAUGCUUGGUUCACAGAUCAAUAUAUUAGCCGAACAAUAGUAUUACUGAAGGAAAUCACAUCAUUGCAAGAGAUUGAGGCCAUCGAUUGUGUGCUUGAGGGGAAAGGAGCCUGGGAUACUACAGAAAUUAAAAUAAGUGGACAAAGUUUUGUUGAAACAGUGUCAGUAAUAAAUCUAAUGAUUCCAAAUUUUCAUUUGUUUUUUGACCUGCAAGGUAUGGAGUCACAAGUAAAACAACUGAAAAGACUUACCAUCGCGGGCUCCAGAGUUUUCAUGGUACCAUGCAAACUUGCAAAACAUUUUUCAUCUCUUCAGUAUCUGGACUUUAGUAAUAAUUUACUAGUAAAUAAUCGCUUAGAUGAGACAAUCUGUGAAAAAGGUUGGCCUUCACUGCAAACUUUAAACCUAAGUCAAAACUCUCUUAAAUAUCUCCAAGAAACUGCAAAUUCUGUAACUCGUCUACUCACACUGAGAAAUCUUGACGUAAGCCAAAAUAAGUUUGGUGAUAUUCCAGAUGUGUGUGAGUGGCCCAAAACCCUGAAAUAUUUAAACCUCUCCAGCACGCAAAUUCCUAAACUCACGACUUGCAUUCCCACAACACUGGAAGUUUUGGAUGUCAGCUCUAACAACCUGAGGGAGUUUGGACUGCAGCUGCCACUUCUCAAAGAGCUGUACCUAGCAAAAAACCAGCUGAUGACCUUGCCUGGUGCUGCACCUGUUCCUAACUUAGUGGUCAUGUCAAUCAGGAGGAACAAGCUCAGCAGUUUCUCCAGGGAAGAGUUUGAGUCCUUCAAGCAAAUGGAGCUGCUGGAUGCCAGUGACAACAACUUCAUCUGCUCCUGCGAGUUUCUCUCCUUCAUCCAGCACCAGGCCAGGAUAGCCCAGGUGCUGGUGGGAUGGCCAGAGAAGUACGUCUGUGACUCUCCGCUGGCAGUGAGAGGGGUGCAGGUUGGGGCCGUGCACCUCUCCCUGAUGGAGUGCCACAGGUCCCUCGUGGUGUCAUUGAUCUGCGCCCUGGUGUUUGUGGUCAUCCUCGUCCUCGUGGCCCUUGGCUACAAGUACCACGCGGUCUGGUACCUGAGAAUGACCUGGGCAUGGCUCCAAGCCAAGCGGAAGCCCAAGCGAGCCCCUGCCAAGGACAUCUGCUACGAUGCUUUUGUCUCCUACAGCGAGAAUGACUCUGACUGGGUGGAAAACAUCAUGGUGCGGGAGCUGGAGCAGGCCUGCCCGCCCUUUCGGCUCUGCCUCCACAAGCGGGACUUUGUGCCCGGGAAGUGGAUCGUGGACAACAUCAUCGACUCCAUAGAGAAGAGCCACAAAACUCUCUUUGUGCUGUCUGAGCACUUUGUGCAGAGCGAAUGGUGCAAAUACGAGCUGGACUUCUCGCACUUCCGCCUCUUUGACGAGAACAACGAUGCAGCGAUUCUCGUCCUGCUGGAGCCCAUCCAGAGCAAAGCGAUUCCCAAGAGGUUCUGCAAGCUGCGCAAGAUCAUGAACACAAAGACCUACCUGGAGUGGCCUCUUGAAGAAGAGCAGCAGGACAUGUUUUGGGAAAACCUGAAAGGAGCCUUGAAGUCAUAGAACAAGUCAACAGCCUCCAUUUCUUCCAGAUUUUCACAAAGGCUGCAUGCCACUGUUUCUUCCUUCUUUUUUUUCUGCCUUAAGGAGCACUUGCUUUCUUGUCUAUAUAAAUAAUUAUUAUCUUAAUAAAUGAGAAAGACCCACUCUAGGCUUUCCACUGAUUCCAUACUCCAAUCUUUCUAAAUCUCUGCCAAUAACUAUGAUAUUUGGAAGCCAUGUUGGACUUUGUAUACUUUCCUAAAUAAAUGCAUCUGAAUGUAGCAUUUUUAAAUGUACUCUUUCAUCCUGUUACCAUCCCCCCAAAUAGUUCCCAACAAUGCCAUUGGAGUUUACAAAUGAAAAUAAAGCCAAGUGCUUCAGUA